AUGGUUCAAAUAUCCCUCCUCCGGAUUUAUUUUGAAGUGAGUCGCUUGAUAGGCCUUUGCAACCUGCACUACGAUUCCCGAAACCAGCGAUUCAUCCUUAACCAUGUGCCCACUGUGACUUACUGCCUCAUCCUGAAUGUGGUCUACCUUUUGAUCCUGCCGUUUGCCCUGACCCUGUUAACGGGCAAUAUUUACAAGUGCCCGAAUGUGGGCAUGUUCGGAGUGGUCUACAAUGUGGUGGCUCUGACCAAGCUCCUGACCAUGCUGCUCCUAAUCGGCAAUGUUUGGAUACAGAGGCGUCGGUUGCAGAAAUUGGGAAAUAAUCUGAUGGAAAUGCUGCAUAAAUUUCGCUUUGCCCUUGGAAACGAUUGCAAGAAAAGAUGUCUGUGGAAGGUUUUGCUGACCAGCUCCCGGUUUUUGCUCCUCACACAGCAGCUCGUGUCCCGCGACUCCGUGGUUCGAUGUGAUGUGGACUCCAGUUUCAGGAGAGGCUUGGUUCCAUACCACUUGGCUGCCAUACUUUACGCUUUAAUCAUGGUCCUACUGGUUAUCUAUGUGGAUUUGACGGUCUUCAUAAUGCAGGUUGCAGGGAAUUGGCUGUUGGUAAACAUUUCCCAGGAGGUUCAGGAAAUGAUUCAGGAUGUGAAUGCCCUGCCCAAACGAAGCGGUAUACCUCGAGAGAUGGGUUUAAGGCAAAUUGUGCCCGUAUGGCGAAAACUUUGGAAACGCUGUCUCCAUUUGGAUGAGGUUCUCAAGCAGAUCGUGAAAAUCUUCCAAUGGCAGCUACUCUUUAAUUUGCUCACCACUUAUAUUUUCAACAUAGCCACCUUGUUUCGAUUGUGGAUUUACCUGCAAUUUGACAACAAUUUCAUUAUAUGGAAAGGAAUAUUUUAUGCUUUUCUAUUUCUUACUCAUCACGCCGAGAUUGUAAUGCAGUUUUCCAUUUUUGAGAUUAGUCGAUCGAAAUGGUUGGAGCUUCUCGAACGUGUAGGAAAUCUUUGGGACGUCAAUUCCUCGGAAAGCAAAUACAAAAACAGCCAUGAAAUGAUCCUGUCCAGACAGCUGGAGAUUUCCCUCUUGUAUCUCAACCGGAAACUUCAGCCUAAUCCCAAACGAGUAAGACGUCUUCACAUCGUUAAAUUUUUUGACUUGAGUAAUUCAUCUGUUCAUAAGAUGUCCAGAUCUACAAUAACCAAUGUGCUGGUCCUCUGUCAGAUUGCCUAUAAGAUCUAUGGCUGA